AUGGACAGAAUGCCGGCCAGGAUCACAAAUAUAUCAAAGGACAUCACAGUGAACGAGGGCAGCAACGUUAAUCUCAUGUGCCUGGCGGUGGGUCGACCCGAGGCCAACAUCAUAUGGAAGCACCACUCGCCAAGAGGCACCCAUAAAUUUGUGACAGAGGGGGAAAAUCUGGAGCUGACAGCCGUCACCAAAGAGCAGUCGGGAUCGUACGAGUGCAUCGCCUCCAAUGAGAUCUCCAGUCCCGAUGUUAGGACAGUGCAAGUCACCGUCAACUAUCCGCCGUUCAUAUCUAAGGCAAGAAGUACGGGUAUUCCAGUCGGACAAAGAGGCGUCCUGCAAUGUGAAGCCUCCGCUGUCCCGCGGGCAGAUUUUGAGUGGUACAAAGAAGACCGCAGGCUCUUCAGCGGUCUAAACGGGGUUAAGAUCGAGAACCAAGGUAAACAUUCCAUGCUCAUCUUUUUCAACGUCUCGGAAGAAGACUAUGGGAACUACACGUGUGUCGCCAUGAACACCAUGGGAAUCACUAACGCCAGCAUAAUCCUAUACGGUCCGGGAGCGAUCCACGACGUGAACGGGGCGUCGGCGUUGUCCCAUUGCUCCACAUGUCUCCUGCUGAUCGUAACCUUGCUCCACCAGAUGAAGUUCUGAUGUGGGAAAAAGUGACAACCUUCAACCUCGCAACAUUGAA